UUUCACCCAAAUAUCACUGGUGUGGAGGCAGAAAACCUACUGUUGACAAGAGGAGUUGAUGGCAGUUUUCUGGCAAGGCCUAGUAAAAGUAACCCUGGAGACUUCACGCUUUCCGUUAGAAAUGGAGCUGUCACCCACAUCAAGAUCCAGAACACUGGUGACUACUAUGAUCUGUAUGGUGGGGAGAAGUUUGCCACUUUGGCUGAGUUGGUGCAGUAUUACAUGGAACAUCACGGGCAGUUAAAAGAGAAGAACGGAGAUGUUAUUGAACUUAAAUAUCCUCUGAACUGUGCAGAUCCUACCUCUGAAAGGUGGUUUCAUGGACACCUCUCUGGGAAAGAAGCAGAGAAAUUACUAACUGAAAAAGGAAAACAUGGUAGCUUUCUAGUCCGAGAGAGCCAGAGUCACCCUGGAGAUUUUGUUCUCUCUGUGCGCACCGGUGAUGACAAAGGGGAGAGCAAUGAUGGCAAGUCUAAAGUGACCCAUGUCAUGAUUCGCUGUCAGGAACUGAAGUAUGAUGUUGGUGGAGGAGAACGGUUUGAUUCUUUGACAGAUCUUGUGGAACAUUACAAGAAGAAUCCUAUGGUAGAAACAUUGGGCACGGUGCUACAACUCAAGCAGCCCCUCAACACAACUCGUAUUAAUGCUGCUGAAAUAGAAAGCCGGGUUCGAGAACUUAGCAAAUUAGCUGAGACCACAGAUAAAGUCAAACAAGGCUUUUGGGAAGAAUUUGAGACACUACAACAACAGGAGUGCAAACUUCUCUACAGUCGAAAAGAGGGUCAGAGGCAAGAAAAUAAAAACAAAAAUAGAUAUAAAAACAUCCUGCCCUUCGAUCAUACCAGAGUCGUCCUACACGAUGGUGAUCCCAAUGAGCCUGUUUCAGACUACAUCAAUGCAAAUAUUAUCAUGCCUGAAUUUGAAACCAAGUGCAACAAUUCAAAACCCAAAAAGAGUUAUAUUGCCACACAAGGCUGCCUGCAAAACACAGUGAAUGACUUUUGGCGGAUGGUGUUCCAAGAAAACUCCCGAGUGAUCGUCAUGACAACAAAAGAAGUAGAGAGAGGAAAGAGCAAAUGUGUCAAAUACUGGCCCGAUGAGUGCGCUCUAAAAGAAUACGGAGUCAUGCGCGUGCGGAAUGUCAAGGAGAGCGCCGCCCAUGACUAUACGUUAAGAGAGCUUAAACUUUCCAAGGUUGGACAAGGGAAUACGGAGAGAACGGUCUGGCAAUACCACUUUCGGACCUGGCCGGACCAUGGCGUGCCCAGUGACCCUGGGGGUGUGCUGGACUUCCUGGAGGAGGUGCACCAUAAGCAGGAGAGCAUCAUGGAUGCAGGGCCAGUCGUGGUGCACUGCAGUGCUGGAAUUGGCCGGACAGGGACGUUCAUUGUGAUUGAUAUCCUUAUUGACAUCAUCAGAGAGAAAGGUGUUGACUGCGACAUUGACGUUCCCAAAACCAUCCAGAUGGUGCGAUCUCAGAGGUCAGGAAUGGUCCAGACAGAAGCACAGUACCGAUUUAUCUAUAUGGCCGUCCAGCAUUAUAUUGAAACACUACAGCGCAGGAUUGAAGAAGAGCAGCGCAUGGCAGUGUGCACCACUAAUUUGGUCGAGUUGAAAACAGUGAAAUUUCAAUUUUAA